UAUAGCGUCAAAAAAAAAAAUGGAAACAAUUUUUGCCAUGAAUUACUGAUACUAACAAGCGUCUUCAUAAUGUCAGUAAAUGGACACCAAAUUUAGAACUAUGGUUCUCUCACUCUAUAUCAAGAUGCCGAAUAUCGAGUAAAAGAGAGUUGACUGUAUACCGUUUAAUUUCACUAGAGUUAACCAUUUAGUAUUGAAAUCGGUUUUCAUUUACUUCAUUGCAAUUAAUUAGAGUAGUUUGGUAAGGAUCAGCACAAAUUUAUUUCAUCUAACUUAUUAUCACAAUUCGAUAGAAAAAAAAAAGAUUAUUUUUUAACCUUUCAACCUAUAGCUCAAGUGUACUCUAUAUUCCAGAUAUUACACGGAAUGCCUUACGAAUCAAACAUUCUAAAAAAAAACAGAUGAACCUGUUUCGCAUGAUAAAACAGAUCAUCAAGGCAGAAAACCCCAUGAACACCUUCAUCUGCACGGGUUGUAAAUCUCUGAUCGAGGAAUGGCACCGGUUCCACACCUCCUGCCUCAAAAAUGAUGAAAUCUACCAACAACGCAUCCAAGAGAAUAUAAAUGCAGAUAAGCUUAAUGAAAUAGUCGUACCGAUGAGGCUCAAACAGGAGCAAUUGGAUACGAUCGGUGGUGAGGAGUCUGUCCAGGAUGAAUACGAUCCAGAUUACGAUCCACAGGUUUCAAGCAAUGAAGAUUAUGGAAAUUAUAAUAAUGCAGAAGAUAACGAAAAUAGCGAUGAAGAAGGCGGUUCCGAGUACUCAACAUAUGAGUAUGAGGUUCUUGAAUUAGAGUCAGCAUCGAAAACAAAAAGCAGAAAGGGCAACAAGACUGAUUCGAAACCGCUUUCGACAAGACGAGGAAGACCGAGGGUAAAGCCAUUGGAUGACCCCACAUCUAAAACUACAAAACGGGCUGAGGUCUGCACGAUCUGUGGGAAGUUCAUCAAAAAUCUCACCGAGCAUAUGAGAAUUCACAACAAUGAAAGAAGGCAUCAAUGUCCGUACUGUGCGAAGUCGUUCGUUAGUGCUUCUAAUUAUAGUUCCCAUGUCAACAUCCAUACCCGUGCAAAAAUGUACAAAUGCGACCUGUGCGAUAAGCAGUACGCGUUGCUGAACAGCAUGAAGCAGCACCGGAUGACGCACUUCAAGGAUCGAAUCUAUCUGUGCCCGGUAUGUGGGAAGGCGUACUAUCAACCGACAGGGCUGGCCAGACAUAAGCGGACCCACUUUGAGCAACCAACCAUCAAGUGCUCCGAGUGUGACAAAAUGUUUUUGACUAAUGGGGAUCUGAGGAAACAUUUCAAAAAGCACCUCCCGGAGAAGCCGUUCAGCUGUGAGAUUUGCAGCCGCGCUUUCAAUCGAAAGGAUAAUCUCAAAACGCACAUGAAAACCCACCGGGAAAAGAUACCCAAGCCAGAUCCUGGAGACAAACCAUCCGAAGAUUCCGUGCCGCAUGUCGAAAUCAAGUUGGAGAUCUCCAAGGCGUAAAUAGCUCUGUUUUACACUAAGCUUGUUCUUAUAUGAUUUCAAGAGAUUUGAAAUACAGAAUGCAUGAUAAAAAUUUC